CCUGAAGCAGACGCAGCGCCCAGAAGCCCCGUGCCAUGGUGGGAAGGGCAGAUUAUUCCGCAAACUGCUCCCCAGCCUGACUGCUCCCCAUUAAUCCCAGCAGCUGUUACAGAGAAGGUCUCGGAACGCAUGCAAUGACACUAAAAGACCAAGAGGAUUACUGCUUCACCUAUAAAGAUCCAACUCACCAUGUGGAUUUCCUGGAGUCAUUCAGAACUUUUUACAAAGAGGGUCUGUUCACAGAUGUCACUUUGGUGAGUUCCUCUGGGAAAGUUUUUCAGUGUCACAAAGUGGCUCUUGCUGCCUGCAGCCGAUAUUUCAAAGUAAUGUUCACAGCGGACAUGAAGGAGAAAUCUAAAAGCCAUAUCAAGCUGGCCGAUGUUGAUCACACUAUCCUUGAGGCGCUACUGAACUAUACCUACACUGCUCAGAUAAGGAUCACUGCAAGGGAUGUGCAGUGCCUUCUCCAGGCUGCCGAUCAGCUCCAGUUUGCUUCAAUCAAAGAGGCAUGCGAACAGUUCUUGGUGAGACAUCUCGAUAUCACUAACUGUCUGGGGAUGCAUUCAUUUGCAGAAUUCCAUGUUUGCCCAGACUUAGAAAAGGAGUCUAGGAGGACAAUCGUUUCUAGGUUUGAGGAAGUGAGCUCACAAGAUGAGUUCGUUGAAAUCAGCCUCGAGAAAUUAAUGUUUAUCUUCUCCCAAGAGAACCUCUGUGUUUGGAAAGAGGAGUCACUUGUGAAGUCACUGGCUAAAUGGAUUGGCCACGAUCCCAGAAAACGCAUCGAGUACAUCCAUGACUUAGUGAAAUGCAUCAAAAUUGAUGUGGAUGAGAAUUAUUUGAGGUCAUCUUUGGAGCUUCACAAGAAGCACCUGCUGAAUGAAAACAAAAUACAAUCCUUGCUGUACUACUCUUUAAAAAGCCCAAAUCAUAAGGUUUCCAAAAAAUCAACCGCAAACAUGUUUGUGAUUGGAGGCUAUUAUUGGCAUCCACUAUCGGAAGUGCAUGUGUGGGACCCGGUCCACAACAACUGGAUUCAGGGAGCAGAUAUGCCCGAUCAUACCAGAGAGAGCUACAGUGCUACAAGCCUAGGGCCGUGUGUUUAUAUUACAGGAGGAUACAGGACCGAUAACAUUGAAGCACUGAACACGGUAUGGAUAUACAAUGUCGAAACAGAUGAGUGGGCAGAAGGUUGCCCCAUGCUUCAUGCAAGGUAUUACCACUGUUCGGUUACACUGGGCGGCUGUGUGUACGCCUUAGGAGGGUAUAGAAAAGGGGCUCCUGCCCAGGAAGCGGAGGUUUAUGAUCCACUAAAGAAGAAUUGGUUUCCCAUUGCAAAUAUGAUCAAAGGUGUUGGAAACGCGACUGCUUGCGUUCUGCAUGAUGUCAUUUACGUAAGCGGAGGUCACUACGGCUACAGAGGAAGUUGUACAUAUGAUAAAAUCCAGACGUUUCAUUCAGAUAUAAAUGAAUGGAGCAUUUUAGCAGUUUGUCCACAUCCAGAAUAUGGCUUAUGUUCGGUUGCACUACAAAACAAACUUUACCUUGUUGGAGGACAGACCACUACUACUGACUGCUAUGAUCUGGAAACCAAUGAAUGGACAGAGAUGUCUCCAACAAUGGAACGCAGGAUGGAAUGCGGCGCCGUCAUCAUGAAUGGAUGUAUCUAUGUCACGGGAGGCUACUCGUACUCGAAAGGCACCUACCUGCAGAGUAUAGAGACGUAUAAUCCGGAUUCUGACAAUUGGGAGUUAGUAGGGAAUCUUCCCAGCCCUAUGCGCUCACACGGCUGUGUUUGCAUCUACAGUGUAUAGCUGAAAAUAUCCAUGAACGCAAACAGACAAAAAGAGAUGUGUACAAAAUGAUUAUUCAAUGAGCUGUCAUUCAAAUAUAUGAAACCUCUCAAAUAUUGCUUACAAUGGGGAGGGGGGUAUGUUUAAAGAGCAAUCCUAGCACAAAAUGGUAAAAAUGGUUGAAUCAGCAGGAACAUUCCAUUGGUUGCUACAAGAUUGGUCGACUUUUACUUUUUUGCACCAUCUUUGCUAUAUAUGCUCAUUUGCUUCUUAUGCCUUGAAGAAAAAGGGUUCUAUUCCUUACACUCCUUGCUUGGUUAAUUUACCAAAUUGUGAACUUGUGUGGUCUCACUAGUUGACUUCUUACGCUCUCCAAUGGGGCCAACGGGCUUCCUGCCAGGCGUAGUUGACCUAGACAAGAAUACGUCACGGCUCCAGGGGUUGGGAUAGACACAACAUUUACAUCAGACUCCAGGCCUUGUGGGCUACAAUUGUGUCAGGAUUUUUAACUACUACUGUAAGUGCUGUCAGCUAAAUGAAUUAAUAAAACUUGGAGCGUCACCAAGUGUUAUCAUUGUAUUAUAGCUUUCAUGUACAAUAUGGGGUAGAAUUUAGGAUAUGUAAAAUGAGCUUACUUGUACAUAGUAUGGCAAAAGUGGAGUUAUCACACAAAGUAUUGAGUUUUAAAUACUGUGCUAUGUGUAGACGCAUUCUAGUAUAGAUCUAGUCUAUGAUGUAAAAAUUAAACAAUUUUAAUGUAUUAUUAGGGCUCUCUUUUCUUCUUCUUGUCUUUAUUUCUAUUAGUAUUAGCUAAUAUAUUAUAUAUUUAUAUUACAUGACUGUCUUUUUUGCCUUUUAGAUUUUACUUUAAAGCUCCUAGUGUUUUAUAUCUACUACUUAGGACAAAAUGAAUCAUAAACAAAAGUUUUAUAAUAAUAUUGUAUACAAACUGAAUGUACAUUUGUUUUCUAUGUUUGUCUUAUUUUGGAAACUGGGUCUUUUUUGACAUUAUAGCGUGCACCCUGGUAUAAAGUUUAAUACUUUUUUUUGGAGUUAUAUGUAAAUAUUGAAAAACUUUUGUAUAUGGUGGUUUGACAAUACAUUAUUUAUAUGAUUGUAUCUCUGACUUUCCUUUUCGCCUCUUAGAUUUCACUUCAAACCUCCUAGUGUUUAAUAUCACAUUCUCAGGUACUGGUAAGGACAAAAUUAAUCAUAAAUAAAAGUUUUAUAGUAAAUAUUGUAUAUAAACUGAAUGUACAUUUGUUUUCUAUGUUUGCCUUAUUUUGGGAAUUGAGUCUUUUUUGACAUUAUAGCGUAUACCUAGCAUCCUUAUAUAAAGUUGAAUACAUUCUAAAUAAUUUCAGUUUUAGGAGUUAUAUGUAAAUAUUGAAAGCGUUUUGUAUAUUGUGGUUUGUUAUUCCAUAUGUAAUUACAAUAAAAAAGGAAACAAUGGUG